AUGGAGGAGGAACGGGAAGCUUUGGAGGCCGUCUACGACACCGACUUUGAGGCCGACGGGUCCACUUGGCGAGUGAGGCUACCGGAGCUCAAUGCGGUACUGAUACUUCGCUUGGGAGGUGGAUAUCCCGAGUCUCAGCCGCCAUCACCAUCCCUGGAAUUCGAUCCCUGGCCGAAGGGAGGCGAUGCUUUCGCACGGCGUGUGACACAGGACUUGUUGGGCCAAUUUGAGCCUGGCAGCGGCUGUGUGAUCCAGUGGGUUGAGUUCGUGAAGGAGGCCUGGGCCAACAGUCCUCCGGAUGCUGUGGCGGCUGUCGAAACCGAGGCACCAGCAGAGGUGGUGGAAACAGAGGCCAAGCCCAGCAGCGUCGCCCUGACGCCAGAGCUGGCCCAAGCUGUAGGCCCAUCUUUGUUGAGCGCUGGCUUCACAGAAUGGAGCCCGGGUCUCUUCGCCCACAGCGACAAGGGGGUCACUGCAGAGGUCCGCGAGGAUCUCAGCAUCACCGUCGACGGAGUGGACGCAGAGGACCUCGUGGACUGGGCUGGUAUGCAAUUGUCGGCAGACCCUGCUAGUUUCGGAGCGCGACUCUUGGAGUGG